AUGGUUAAAGAUACUGACCCCGCAGAGGCCGACCAGCCCACUGCGGAACCUCAAAUCACCUACGCCUCAGGUCGAGUUGAACAUCCGGGCCAAGCGGAUUCACCACCUGACCUACGACUUAUUCACUACAACGAUGUCUACCACUUGGACGCUUCCAGUGCCGAGCCUGUGGGUGGUCUGCCAAGAUUCAUCACCGUGUGCCGCGAGUACCAGGAGGGCGACCAGUUCAAGGAUCAGCCUAAAGCCCUCACCUUUUUCAGCGGAGAUGCCUUCAAUCCCAGCUUGGAGAGCACAGUCACCAAGGGUCAACACAUGGUUCCUGUCCUUGAUAUGAUUGGAACCGACUGCUCUUGUGUAGGGAACCAUGACUUCGACUUUGGUGUAAAGCAAUUUGAGCAUCUCUCAGGCCAGAACAAGUUCCCCUGGUUGCUCGCCAAUGUUAUCGAUCGUGACAUUGGUAAUGACACGCCUCUGGGACAUGCGAAGAAGACCCAUAUGAUGACCACCUCCAACGGCAUCAAGGUUGGUCUCAUUGGUCUUGGUGAACGGGAGUGGCUCGAGACCAUCAACAGUUUGCCACCUAAUCUCGAAUAUCGAUCUGCCACCGCUGUUGCUAAGGAGCUUGUUCCCAAACUGCGCGAGGAUGGCGCCGAAAUUGUUAUCUGUCUAAGCCAUAUGCGUGAGCCAAAUGAUAACAAGUUGGCAGAACAAACAGGGGGACUCAUGGAUAUCAUCCUUGGAGGACACGACCACUUUUAUGCCCACAGCCUCAUCAACGGAACCCAUGUUCUGCGAUCUGGUACCGACUUCAAGAACUUGAGUUACAUUGAGGCUCGCCGAAAGGCAGAUGACCCGUCCAAAUGGGAUUUUGAUAUCUGGAGAAGAGACAUCGUUUCGUCUAUCAAAGAGGACGAGCCGACGUUGAAGAAGGUCGAUGAACUGGUCUCAAAACUGAACCAGUCUCUAGCCAGGCCGGUCGGAUACACGGCUACACCUCUGGAUGCUCGUUUCAGUACUGUUCGUCUUAAGGAGUCCAACAUUGGAAACUUUGUAUGCGAUGUCAUGCGACAUCAUCACAACGCCGACUGUACCAUCAUGGCUUCUGGAACCAUUCGUGGCGAUCAGAUCUACCCCCCUGGCGCAAUUCGAAUCAAGGAUAUCACGACAUGCUUCCCGUUUGAGGACCCUGUUGUAUUGCUCAGGGUGACAGGCCAGGCCAUCUUUGAUGCGUUGGAAAACAGUGUGGCCAUGUACCCUGCUCUGGAAGGCCGAUUCCCUCAAGUUUCCAACAUUCGUUUCGAGUUUGACCCAUCAAAGCCUAGAGGGGAGAGGGUGCAGUGGGCAGAGAUUGGUGGAAAGCCUUAUGAACCCGAGAAGCUGUAUGUUCUCUGCACCAGAGGGUAUAUGGGGCGAGGAAAAGAUGGUUUCACUAGCUUGCUGGUCAAGUCGGAAGGUGGCGAUGCUGAGGAGAUCAUUGAAGAGGAGAACGGUAUUCUCAUCUCAGCCAUGUUGCGCCAGUACUUCAUGGGUCUUCUUACCGUAGGGUGCUGGAAGAACCUGGCCUCACACUGGGUCAAGGUUGCUCAAAGUUGCGAAACGCCCGUGUCGCCUACCCGAACCAAGUUCAAUGUUGACUUUCCCGACAUGAAAACAGUGUCAAAGAAUCUACCCAAGGACAAGCGCUCCGAACAAGUGACAAAAGACAUGAGGGAUCCCUGGCAAAGAUUCCUCAAGCGCCGCUUCAGCGUGAAUGUGAAGCCUCACGACGAGAAUGACAGCAGCGAUGAGGAGGCUGAUGAGAAAUCUGACCCUAUGACCGAAGACCCAGAGGAUCCUGACGGCACAAAGCUCGAUCUCGAGAUUCUGCUGAUGCGCAAGUUCUGGACAAAGUGGGCACUCAAGGCUGGUGUAAAGGCCAGUAUCUGUGAUCCCCUCAAGGAGGGCGAGUUUACAGUGGAUUGGACAACUUGUAUUGCCCCCGUAGUUGAUGGACGAAUUAUCAUGACGGGCGCUUCUACACCGUAA